AUGACGAUGUACAUGAGCGAGAAGCCCGAGCUGGCGGUCCGUACGCCGCUGCGGGAGCGGUUCUUAUACCACAUCUCUCGGCUCCGAUACCGAACAUGCGCACUAACGGGCCUCAUUCUAAUCCUCAUCUCGACAUUUUGGUUGUACGGCAACAGCGGACCGAACGGCCUCCGAUUUCCAUUCAGCGCCGAUAUGUUCUCCGUGGAGCACACAACAUGGAUUGACAACUCAACACGAUCCGACUGGGUCAAGCCGCGCCCUGGACAUAUCAUCCCGCCCAAGAUCUGGCAGAUCAUGCUUCCGAAGAACUGGAAAGACAAAUACCCUGUCAACAACCCAGACAAGUUGAAGGAAACAGCAUCAUGGUUGGCCAUGAAUACCGACUACGCCUAUACCCUAGUUGGUGGAAAGGGCGGCAAAGAAUUCGUCGAGCGCCGCUUCGGAAACCACUCGAAGAUCCUGCAAACGUACAUCAACAUGCCUAACGUCGGCAUGAAGUCCGAUAUGCUUCGAUACCUGCUCCUCGACGUCGAGGGCGGGGUCUACACCGAUACCGAUACCCUCGCCUUGAAGCCUGUCGACACAUGGGUUCCGCGUAACAUGAGAAAUGCAACCCGGCUGAUUGUCGGCAUCGAGUUUGAUCAGCGAGAUGGUCCCGCCUGGGCAGAUAUUCCUCAUCCGCUCCAGUUCUGCCAAUGGACUAUUGCGGCAGCUCCUGGACAUCCCGUCUUUAUGAAAAUGACGAACAGGGUUGUUGAAUCUGUCGAGGAUCUGGUUCGGCAGCACGGUGUUAAGGAAAGCCAGCUGAAGCCAACUAGCUUCGAGGUCAUGAACUCUACGGGACCUGCGGCAUGGACGGACGUGGUGUUUGAGCACUUGCAGACCAUCGAACCUAGCCUGACCGACAUUCGAAACCUAUCAUAUAUGACAAAGCCGACGUUAUACGGCGACGUCUUGGUCCUUCCUAUCGACGGAUUCGGGAUGGGACAACUGCAUUCUGACAGUACACACGACGGAACCAUUCCUGAUGAUGCCUUCGUUCAGCACUUGUUCGGUGGUUCUUGGAGAGAUCAGUGA